AUGUUCUUCUCAAAGUUGGUUAUGGCGGCUCUGGCUGCUACGGUUCUCGCCGAGAAGACGCCUGUAACUCCUUUGUUGCUUGCAAAUUUUGAACGAUAUGCUGCCUUCGCGUCUGCAGCUUAUAGUUCCGAUUGCGCCAAUCCACCGUUCAACAGUACUGUAGUACGGUAUAUCAACGAUGUACCUACGGACACCCAAGCCACUCUCUUCCGAGAUGAUAUCGCACAGCAGUUCAUCAUCUCAUUCCGGGGGACUUCAGACAUUCAAGAUUUCGUGACUGACCUGGACCAAGUCCUUGUUCCCUGUGUUGCGCAAGGGAUCCAGUGCCCAACUUGCUUGUGCUGGCAAGGCUAUCUAAUUCAAUAUAACGCUGUCGCCAAUACUGUCAAAAGCGCCAUUGAUGCGGGAUUGCUACAAUAUCCCGGCUAUAGCCUUGUGGUUACUGGGCAUAGUAUGGGUGGCGCGCUAGCCUCCCUAGCUGCCGCUUCACUCGACGGGCAAGGACUACCUCUUAUCGCUUAUACCUAUGGUCAACCGCGUACGGGAAACCAAGCAUAUGCCAACUUGAUCGAUUCGGCCUUUAACGGCACCAUGUAUCGACUCACCCACACAAACGACGGCGUACCCCAAAUCCCAGCGCAAAGUGAUGGAUAUCGACACCACAGCAGAGAGUACUGGCAGAGCGACGAUCCACCCACUAUCGAGAAUACUUUCCAAUGCCAAGGGCAGGAGCCAUCCGACUGUAACCAGAGCGGGCCGGGUUAUGGCAUAGGCAACGGGGGGAUUGGAAUCAAUGCUGCUCAUUUGAGCUAUUUCGGACUGUUACAGAAGGGAUCAUAUAGCGUUAUAGUAUUCCCUCAGAACCACACAACAUACCUGUCUCUGUACAAGGCACUGGAUGAUAGCUCGACAAAGGAAAACCGUGUCUCAGACGGCCAGACUGAUUGUCAAAGAGUGGGACCAACGUAUGAUGAAGUGCAUGCCCACGAGACCGUGAGCAAUGUAGAAGAUGCUCGUCACCUGCAUCUACACGUUUUGCAACAGGAGGGCUUCCAGAUUGUGGAGGGGCAUGGCGGCCUGGGGUUCUUAGAGGUCGACGAACACAGUCUAGUCUUCACAGUCUCAUGCAACGUGCCCGUCAAGCAAAUCGUGUUCGAUCUGGCGAGGCCUGCCGCCAUGAUAUGUGGUCCGACAAACCCUGCCGAGGUCAAUAACGGAAAGUGGACAAAGGUCAUCACGGAUUCCGGUCCUCCGAUGUGGAUAGCGAGAAAGUCAGACACUGGAGAGGGCCUGCACUAA